GCCAGAUUUUUUGUUUAUAUGACAUAAUGGGAUCAUGUCACAUUGUUUAUUUAAGAUUCCCUAUGAUACUGCCUGUCCCGACAGCGUGGCCCGGAGCUGGUUUGACAGGCGGAGCUGCAGCGGAGGAUGGAGGCGGUGGUGUUCCUCUUCUUGCUCCUCGACUGUUGCGUGCUCAUCUUCCUCUCUGUCUACUUCAUCAUUACAUUGUCUGAUUUAGAAUGUGAUUACAUUAACGCUAGAUCAUGUUGCUCAAAAUUAAACAAGUGUCUCAUUCCAGAGUUGAUUGGCCACACCAUUGUCACUGUGUUAAUGCUUGUUUCAUUGCACUGGUUCAUCUUCCUACUCAACUUACCUGUUGACACCUGGAAUAUAUAUAGGUUCAUCAUGGUGCCAAGUGGUAACAUGGGAGUGUUUGAUCCAACAGAAAUACACAAUCAGGGGCAGUUAAAGUCACACAUGAAAGAAGCCAUGAUCAAGCUUGGUUUCUACCUGCUCUGUUUCUUCAUGUAUCUCUAUAGUAUGAUUCUAGCUUUGAUAAAUGACUGAAAGCUGGAGAAGCCAGGGUUGAAGCCAGCUACACUACACUGCACAAUUGAGGAGCCAGAGACUACUUAAAUCACCCUUAAAAC